AUUGCCAUGUAUUGCCAUGCGCUUUUGCAAAUUCUGCGGAAGUCCGAGCUCUGUAUAUAUUCGUUAUCUGUUUCUGGAGUCCUGCCAACAGGCGCAACCGCUGCUGCCAUCGUUGUCUGCGUGUGUUCCUUGUUUCCUAUUGAAAACUUAUGGGUGAUGGAAAUGAUGAGAUGCAGUUCAAGAAACUGCUAGGCAAGCUGCAAGCAUUGUGGACCCCGGAAAAGUUCUGCGAAAAACAAGAUGACAUAUGGCGUCUGCUCAAGCGGGAUGUUCCUCGAAGGUCCAGGUUCAGCUGCCGUACCGUCCAUGACUUGUUAGGCAUUCUCACUGACCGAGAGGUGAUCACACCACAAGAAACAGUGCUCUUGGAACGGCUCGCUGCUGUAUUCUCAAUUCAGGAGGCUUCGGAGCACAUCCAAGCCUAUCGAAAAAUACCACUGGACAGAGACACCUGCAGCCUGUGUUCUGCACCUAGUCAUAUGCCCUUUCUGUACCAUCCAACUCCUCAGGAAAACACUGGUCAAAAAGAGUUGGUCUGUGCCAUCCUGUAUCUCUGUGAACAAAAGUGUCCAUGGAAGACAGUUGUUCGGGCAUUUCCAAAAACGGUAAAUGUCAAGGAGGGUGAGAUUGAGCGGCUGGAAUCCAUGAAAUGUGCCUCUAAGCCACAGUUGAAACGUUGCCUGACCUGUUCCGGAUUUGAAGUUCUGGAGUCUUGGAGGAAGAAACAUCCAAGACACGCCACAGUGCAACUGUUGCUGAAGUACCUGGCCAGUGAACGGUAUGACGGGGUGCAGCGCACCAACCUGCACAAACCACACGGAAGGUGGCAAAGCUUUUUAGCACGGACAGAUGUGUGCCGGUGACUGGUAUGGCUACUGCGUAUGGGCGGAGACUGGCCAGCUCCGAAAGGGACCAGGAUAUACGAGGUGCGUUCGCCUUAUUUAGACUAAAGCAACAUUUAUCUCAAGUAACACCCCCAUUAAUGCUGAGAUGCGUAUGUCUGGCAUGAGAGGUUGUUCACUUGUACGAUUUUUGGUGUAUGUGUGCAGUGCGACAAAGAGGUAUCGUCUCUGUCACGCUUCACAUAUACGCCAAGAAUCUUAACUUACAAACUCACCCAAUUUGCCGUGUUGCUUGUACGAUUGUUCUAUGUAGGUCUAGAACAGUGUGUUCAAAACAGAGUAAAUGCUAGCAGAUACAAUUUGCCUGUUGCACCCUGGUCUUUCUCUACAGUAUUAUGUUGUUGUUCUUUGUCAGCGUUCUAAUUUUCAUGUAAUGUUGGUUGAUGUGCUAGUGCUCAUUGUUUUGUAGUAAGCUAAAACCUCACGCGCUCCCGCUUAUGAGACAGCUGUGAUAGCUUCAGCGUUUACCGCCCGCAAGAUCUUGCUUGUUCAAUUGGCGCUAGUCGGCAUGAGGAAUGUUAAUUUUGCCUGUAUGUUUAAUAACCACUCUGUUAUACUAAUCUGACCUGAGUAGUAUGAAGAGAUCAAGAAAGAUGUGUUCUCAUGUUACAGUCGGUAGUAUAUGAAUAAUUACUUUGCAAGUUUGCCAUCUUGAUGUGAUAAGUGCAAUAGAAUAACCUGUUGCUACUCUAAAUAGCUUGUUGACUUUCCAGUUGCUUUGAAUUCUCACCCCCAAGGCUCCAAGAAGCAGUACUCUUGCCCUGCUGCCAGCAGCCGUUGGUCAUCCAUUCCUUUGUACGAAAGAAAUCUGAUCUAGAAGUUUCUGCACCUUGAAUCUUUUUCCACUUGCAGAUUUGCUGCUACGAAGCAGCUAUUUAGUGUGCGGUAUGAAUGAAUUGUAAAAAUAAGCAUUGCAUAAAAUGUGCGCAUGUGAACAUUUGAAAUGUGUUUAAAUCUACGCGUCUGCACCCCAUAUAUAGAAAACGUGCAGCCGCUGUGAACGACGGUUGCUGAUAAAUGACUUUCUGUUAACGGUCACUGACAUAACUGCAGGCACGAUAGUUUGCUUGGGGACAAUCAUUAAUAGGCAGGUUUCGGCAGCCAAAAUGCACUCACAUAAUUGUCCACCUUACGUGUGUCAAGCUUUCUUUAAAUGCCCUUUCAAACAUUUAUUUCUUGCCUUCCGACCUCGGUGAGAAAACUUCAUAUGCAUGCUGAAAAACAUUGCACCGCUUUUUGUUGCAAAGAACUGCGUGUUUGCAAGCGCACUUUUGAGCUGUUCGAGCCAUGAGCAUAGUCAGGAUUUUAUUUCAGAGGAUCGAAGGGGGUCCUACCCCCUAUGCGUGUUUGUAUAUGUGCGUGUAUAGAUGUGCAUACAAGGUGAAAAUUUCUGGCGGUUAGAACCAUACCCCCCUCCGGCUACGCCAAUGUUCGAACAUAGCCUUCAUUAAAACGUGCCAUCUUGCUCAGUACUUGCCAACAAUUGCCGCAUGUGGCUCGCGACCAGCAGACAACGAAGCAAAUAAAAAAAACGCACAGCAUUUGCCUCCUGUGCGCGCGAGGAGUGCCUUCACUGCAUAGCUGGAACAUAUUGCCGGACCUAUGCGCAACUCUGCUUCCUGCGGGAGCAUGUACAGUGACACUACCCCUAAUAAGGUCCCUGAAUAAAACUAAAGGGUAGCGACAUUCCUCCUCGCCCAGUCUCUCCUCCUGGCCUUCUCGCAGCUUGCUCUUUCUCUCGUAGCUAGCCCUCGCACUUUGGGCAUUCGCUCAGAAGCCGCCCAGCCCAUAGAGUUGCACGAUGUUAGGCACUGAAAAUUGUUGUUGGAUGUUUGCACAUGAAUUUUUACCGUAUUUAAGGCUUAUUGUGUGCUGUGCUAGGAGCGAUGAUGGAACGCUAUGAAACUGGCAGAAGCAGUUUUUUGUGCUUUUUCGGGGCGUAACUGCCCACUUGUUUUGUUGCUUCGGGUUGGCUGCCUGCUUCCAGUUAUAAGAAGACUUUUAGAGAUAGUUUGGUGUAUAAAUUCCUUUUAGUGUCGAGUACUAGCACAAAAAGCAGAAUUCUUUGUCUCGCCAAUAAUGUAUACGUAAUGUAUACAUGCCAAAGCUUUGUUUGAGUGUUAAGCCGUCCACAGCCAUGCGUUGUACUCGUAGGCAAAAACACUGUCACGGCUUACACAGAACAACCCGCUUCGCAAGUCAUUUCUAUUGCAUUGAUCAGCUUCUUUAUAUUGGCUUUCUAAAGACACUUGCCCCGCGUGAAAGGACACGCUAAAGGCGAUGUGCUCGCGUGUGUGCAGCGCUAUGUAGCUGACGAUUCAACAACUCGGUUGUGUUUGCGGUGCUCAAAGUGCAUGCGUGUGUACUUGCAUUGUACCCAAUCGACUGCCGUGUGUCCAGCUUGUGCAGCUUCAUAAUUUAAUCAUCUUAGUACCAUGAUGACCGAACGCAAGGCGCGUGACAUAUUUGCCUGAAUAACACGAGCGUCAUGUAGAAACAUGCACGAUCAACGCGAAGCAUGUCAGCUAUUCUCAUCGUUUCGUCAUGACGCUGGCAUCUUUUUAUGCAGUGAAACUGGUCUUACACUUUCAAGACAAACUGGUGCCAUUGGCUCUCAAGCGCAAACAUCACAGUGGAACCUGCACUUCAUUUGUGAAGCGUUUGCAAGGACAAAAGUUACACAUGCAAAUGGUUUCCGUCAAUGAGCACUUUCCCCCUUUGCGCAGUUCCAAGUGAAUAUGAGCAAACAAACUCAUGCACCACUUCAUCCUCCCGAGACGGCGAAGUGGAGAAAGCCUACUCACAAUAGUCGAAAUCAUUUGCACUGGUAGUGAACAGCAUGUCCUUGCAAUAUAUUUGCAGCGCCUAACAAAAGCAUGGACUGACAAAGCUACGCACUCUCAGUACUACAACAAUAACACCUGUUGCGUUUCUAACACAGCCUACGCACUCCAUAGCUUCAUGCAGCUGUUGACAAUAGCGCGAUCAGGAAAACAAAUCUGAACGAGCACCGAAAAUAGCACCUGUGCAUAAGCUUACCCAUGCCUCUGCUCCAUACCCCAUCAGCAAAGAAAAAAGCUCCGUUUGUAUACGUUUGCACCUCCGGUACUCCUAAAGUCAAUCCCAAAAAACAAAAACCGAGUUCUUCAAUGAUGCGGUUAACCAUGAAACUUAGCCAAAACGUUCGAAAUGCCUUCUGAAAACCUCGCUGCAGACACUCGAUGUCCAACUGUCAUGGUGCUGAGUGCGCCGAGACGCGGAAAAAAAGCAAAAAUAGAGAAAAGGGCGCGAAAAAUACCACGUGACGGCGCUUAACCAGUUCGGAGGCACAGACCUUGCAGUAGAACACAUUGUGGGGCUAGUUGCUUCAUAGCUUUCAAAAGAUGAAGCGCCAACAGUGACAGCACACUAAGAAGGAACAAAGACAGCAAAAGGCACUCCUGUCUUUGUUCCAGACCUUCUCUCCUGCCUCCUCGUAGCAGUGGCAGCAAGAUAAAAGCAUGUCGCUACCAUUUAGUUUUAUUCAGGCACCUUACCCCUAUCGCUUCGCUCUCAAUCGCUGUCUCUGCAUGGUCUGCUUGUUGGGUGUGUGCUGUAGGCGCUUGCCUUUCUGACAUUUGGAGGUUAUGGUGGAUCAGUCAAUAACAGGAUUAGGGUACGGCAGCAGUAGCACCGUUUCCCACAAUGGUGUACUGUUGCGUUCCUUUCUGCAAGUCGAGCGGGCGGCGGUCAAGGAUCAUGACUAGAUAUUCUCAGCUUUUUUCUCCCAACCCAUCUUUAUGAUGAAAAAUAAAGGAACUCUUAUUAUUAUUAUUUUGUGUGGUGCCAUUCGUGAAUUUGUCACUCCUAGGGCAGUAUUUUGUUGCAGUUGGAGCAGGACUGAUUUUAAUUCUACCAGAGUAAGUGAGCAAUUGAUGCCUGUGUACUUGCUUCAGAUGUGAUGUUAAAUUGCUGGGUGCUAGGUAGUUGGAGCUCGGAUAUACUCGAUUAGGUACUUAGCCGUACAGCCUGCUUUAUUGUAGACUGCAGUGUUAGUGUUUGUGGGUUGUACACUAAUAAAAUGUGUUCUGCAGGUUUUAACAUUUUAGUUGCAGAUUACUGGUUUUCCUACAUUUAUGAGGCUUCAAAAGCACUGUUUACAAGUGUGAACAGGAAUCUUCACUACAAAUGCUGCUGCUGCAAUGUACCAUAUGUUCAGGGGAAUAAAACUUCUGUUUGAACUUUGA